GGCGGGCACUUCGCUCCUCGCCCAGUCCUCGCCGUCAGAUGCAGUUAAGUAUACAAUUAUUAAUAGCUGCACUUCUAGUGCCCUGAACCCAUUCACCUCUCAAAAAUGAAUGUAAGGCGAUUUGACCCUUAAACCCGAUCUAGAGCACUGGUCAAGAAACAGUUUCUGUGAGAAUGCACAAGCCGAUUCGAAAGCUACAGAUACUUUUCGAUUGUUACCCUUCUGGAUAAACCCAAUAUGUAAAAGUCUUGAAAGCUGAACGGUUUUGUUUCUAAUUGUCUUGAAAAUAUUUCAAAUAGAACCGAAGAUGGAGGACAUCAUUUAAGACUGGCUAGAGUUGUCACCAAAUAUUAUUCCUGGGGCCUGUGAGAAUUAGACACCAGCCAUAGACUACCCCACUAUUCGAGUAGUUUUCUUCUUUGUGUUAUCUGGUAUCACUUGCAAAGGUCAAGUUUUGGACAGUCAUCCUCAAAAGCAAGAAAAAAGGAACACUUUGAAAAAGGAAAAUUCUGGAUAAUCAUUCAGCUGAUUUUUGCUCAAAGGUAAAAGAAAAAAAUAAAAUGUUUAGAAACGAUAUCGCGGGAAUCGAACUCACCAGCGGACCGACUGGCCUGAAGAGCAGGAUCAUUGUGCGAAACCUACCAGAUUGCACUCGCCAUGAGCUGGCUUACCUCUGCGUGCCCUUUGGCCAAAUCCUUGGCUCGCUGAUCGUCAAUAAGCAAGGAUUUAUCCAGUUUUCUAAGGAGAGCGAGGCCACGCGCGCCAUAAACGCGCUCGACCAAAUUGUCUUCAAAUCGAAGAUUCUCCAGGUCUCGAACGCCAGUUUUCGUUCCAUCGAAAGGAGUCAGGUGCAAAUUGGGUCUGAUGAGGAUGAAGAUGACUACGUACAGCAGAGCGAGAAUGAGUACUAUGAGGAUGACUCCUAGGAUGACAAUGACGGCCGGGGUACCAUGCAGGAAUUGUGCACACGCAAGAGGAAGAGACAUACGAACGGCAAAAACACGAAGUAAAAGGUGAAGAGUCCGAACACGUGCCAAACAACCAAACAACACUGGAAGAAGAAGAAUCUCUACACGAAGAGCACAAGAAGAACAGAAGAAACAACACACCAACAUAUUUCAACUCCUAUACUUAUACACGUCCGAAAUAUGCUCUGAAAUAAACUGGAAGCAUUUCCUGGUCAAAAUA